AGAACUGAGCCCAGAGCUAAUGAACGCGGAGGCACCGUGGGUGGAUGAUGGAACACUUGGACUUUUGGGGUUGAGGCUGACCCUCGCAUCCCGGGGCUCCUCCCACCCUGCGUUGGCCGGCUGGAGGCCAGGCCUGCUGGGUGCCCGGGGGUGCCCUGGAAGGACCAGGGCUCCAGCUGGAACUCACAGCCAGAAGAGAAGAGGCAGGAAAAGACACGCCACAGAGGUGUAGGACUCAAGCAUGCAUUGUCCGUGUUUAUUGAGCGCCUGCUGUAUGCUGGGAUCUAGUAUGCUGAGCGCGGUGAUGGGAACCUGGGAAAGGCCUCUGCCGCAGACAUGGAGAAACUCAGCGCGCUGCAGGAGCAGAAGGGCGAGCUGCGCAAGCGGCUGUCCUACACCACCCACAAGCUCGAGAAGCUGGAGACCGAGUUCGACUCCACCCGCCACUACCUGGAGAUCGAGCUGCGCCGCGCGCAGGAGGAACUGGAGAAGGUCACGGAGAAGCUGCGCAGGAUUCAGAGCAACUACAUGGCGCUGCAAAGGAUCAACCAGGAGCUGGAGGACAAGCUGUACCGCAUGGGCCAGCACUACGAGGAAGAGAAGCGCGCUCUUAGCCACGAGAUCGUCGCCCUCAACAGCCACCUGCUGGAGGCCAAGGUGACCAUUGACAAGCUUUCGGAGGACAAUGAGCUGUAUCGAAAGGACUGUGAUCUGGCGGCCCAGCUGCUGCAGUGCAGCCAGACCUAUGGCAGAGUCCACAAGGUGUCCGAGCUGCCCUCUGAGUUCCAGGAGCGCAUGAACCUGAGCAUGGACAAGCCCAGCUGCAGCCUGCCCUCCCCGCUCUGCCGCCCGGCCUACGCCGACAGCGUCCCGGCCUGCGUCAUGGCCAAGGUGCUGGAGAAGCCCGACCAGGCCAGCCUGUCCUCCCGCCUGUCGGAUGCCUCGGCCAGUGACCUGGGCUUCCGCGACGGGCUGGAGAAGCCGGGCUCCCGGCCCCCCUACAAGGGGGACCUCUACUGCAGCGACACGGCGCUCUACUGCCCGGAGGAGCGGCGGCAUGACCGGCGGCCCAGCGUGGAUGGGCCCGUGGCCGAUGUGGGCUUCCUGCAGGCCCAGAAUUCCACCGACAGCACGGCCGAUGAGGAGGAGGAGGCCGAGGCGGCUGCCUACCCUGCGAGCUACCGGCACGAGGCCUUCCCGGGCUACGCGGCCUCGCUGCCCACGUCCAGCUCCUACUCGAGCUUCAGCGCCACCUCGGAGGAGAAGGAGCACGCCCAGGCCAGCACGCUCACGGCCUCGCAGCAGGCCAUCUACCUGAAUAGCCGCGAUGAGCUGUUCGGCCGCAAGCCGCCCGCGGCCUACGAGAGCAGCCCGCGCUAUGCCGCCGCCGCCGCCGCGGCCGCCGCCGCGGUGGCCGCCCCGCUCGAGGCCGCGGUAGCCCCGGGGUACCCUCGGACUGUGUCCCCGUACCCGGCCGAGCCCUUCCGCUUUCCGGCGCCCGCGGUCUCCCCAGGGCCCCAGCAGGCCCUGAUGCCCCCUAAUCUGUGGAACCUGCGGGCCAAGCCGGGGUCAGCCCGGCUGGUCGGGGAGGAUGCGCGCGGCCAGUGGCGGCCCCUGAGCGUGGAGGACAUCGGCGCCUACCCCUUCCAGGCCGCCGCCGCCGCCGCUGCAGCCGCUGCUGCAGCGGCCGCUGCCGCUGGCGCCGCUGGCCGCGCCUCGCCCUGCAACUUCAAUGAUCGUUAUUUCGGGGGCGGGGCGGGAGGCUCCGGGGAUAAGGCCGAGGGCCGCGCCAGCCCCCUCUAUGCCAGCUACAAGGCUGACAGCUUCUCGGAGGGCGAUGACCUCGCCCAGGGCCACCUGGCCGAGCCCCGCUUCCUCCGGGUGGCCGGCGAGCUGAGUCUCAGCCCUGGGCGCGCGGCCGACCCCCUGCCCAGCUAUGCGGCCAGCGAGGGGGAUCGGGAGAGGCUCGGGGUGCAGCUGUGCGGGGCGAGUGGCAGCCCCGAGCCCGAGCACAGCCCCCGUAGCUCCAGGGAUUCCCUGGAGCCCAGCUCCAUGGAGGCUUCCCCGGAGAUGCACCCCUCCGCCCGCCUCAGCCCCCAGCCGGCCUUCCCUCGGGCUGGCGGCUCGGGGCUCAGCCGCAAGGACAGUCUCACUAAAGCCCAGCUCUAUGGGACCCUGCUCAACUGAGCGCCCGCGUGCAGGCCUCAGCCACGGCCACCCCCGCGCACACACGCCCCGGGUCCCCAGGGGUGCAGCCUCACCUCCCCAACACCCAGCUCCCCGGCCCUGCAAACAAGGACCCCUCUCCACCUAGCCCAGUCGAGCCUGAGAGGGGGACCCCCAGCCCACGUGUCUCGUCCGCCCCCGUGGCACCAUGGUAGAACGUUCUUUCUCCUACCGCCAUCCUUCCCUGGCUGCGAUGAGCUUUCCCCGCUUUUGUAACGUGCACCUCUUUCUACAGUGCAGAAGCGUCUUUCUUCACGCACUGGGCCUCCAGCUCUCUGGACGGCGGCCUUGGCGUUGCCAGCGCAAAGCUCCUUGACUUUCCGGCGAGGGCAAGAGGGGCCUGCCCCUUGGAGGGAAGGACGGUGUCCGGCCGAGACACCCCAGCAAGCCAGUGACAAGGGAACCCCAAAGCUCUGCCCGCGAAGAGGGGAACCGAAAUGGGUGAAGGGAUGAGCGCCGUUUCCAGCUAUUCUUGCGUGUGGCCCGCCCCCGUCCCCCCCAGCUCUCCCGUGGUCUGUAGUCCCGAGUGGGGCCGGUGCUUGUCCCCCAGUGUCCCGCUCCCUGGCACCACCUCGCUCUACCUCAGAUGCAAUGAGGCCCUCCGACCCCCGGUUUCCGUGGCUUGCUUUCCUGUUGUCUGUGAUGCAUGCCCUGUCUCAGUACUGUGUUUUGCUCUCAGUAAUUAAAGUCAUCAGUGGAAAGAAA